AUGGCUGAUCAACAGCUCCUGGUCUCUGUGUCUAACAGAAUUAGCACAAAGCAUGGGAACGAGUUCACACCACAAGCUGAAACCAAGACCUCUCGAGCUCCUUUCACACCACCAACAUUGUAUUGUCCUCUGCAAACUGAACAGCAUGGCCCAAAGCGCCCAGAACCGUCUUCUGCUAAAAGUUUGAUUGAUAUAGGAACUCGGAGGAUCUUCUCAUCAGAUCAUGAUAUCUUCAGGGAGAGUGCCAGGAAGUUCUUUCAGGAAGAAGUACUGCCUUUUCACGCAGAAUGGGAGAAGGAUGGCCAGGUGAGCAGGGAGCUCUGGGAAAAGGCUGGACAGCAGGGUUUGCUGGGUGUUGCUAUUGCUGAAAAACAUGGAGGCAUCGGAGCGGAUAUUCUCUCUUCAGCUGUGGUCUGGGAGGAGCAGAUGUAUGUUAACUGUACUGGCCCAGGAUUCAGCCUCCAUUCAGAUAUAGUUAUGCCCUACAUUGCAAACUAUGGCUCUGAAGAACAGAUUAAACACUUUAUCCCUGAAAUGAUUGCAGGCAAGUGUAUUGGAGCUAUCGCCAUGACAGAACCUGGGGCUGGCAGUGACUUGCAGGGAAUACGAACAUAUGCAAAAAAGGAUGGAAGUGACUGGAUUCUUAAUGGGAGUAAGGUAUUCAUCACUAAUGGUUGGAUGAGCGAUGUAGUGAUCGUGGUAGCGGUUACAAACCGGGAGGCCCGAUCUCCUGCUCAUGGGAUCAGCCUUUUUCUGGUGGAAAAUGGAAUAAAAGGUUUCAUCAAAGGACGCAAGCUGAACAAAAUUGGCCUAAAAGCUCAAGACACAGCAGAGCUGUUUUUUGAAGAUGUGCGGUUGCCAGCCAGUGCCUUGCUUGGAAAAGAGAACAAAGGCUUCUAUUAUCUGAUGGCAGAGCUCCCUCAGGAAAGACUGCUAAUUGCUGAUAUGGCUCUUGCCAGUUGUGAAUUCAUGUUUGAAGAAACAAGGAAUUAUGUGAAGCAAAGAAAAGCUUUUGGGAAGACAAUUGCACACUUGCAGACGGUACAGCACAAGUUGGCAGAAAUGAAAACGCAGAUUUGUGUGGGCCGAGCUUUUAUGGACAACUGUUUGCAGCUGCAUGCAGAUAAACGUCUGGACUCCCCCACAGCUUCUAUGGCAAAGUAUUGGUCUUCUGAUCUCCAAAACAGCAUAGCUACUCAGUGUGUGCAACUGCAUGGAGGAUGGGGGUACAUGUGGGAGUAUCCAAUUGCAAAAGCUUUUGUGGAUGCCCGUGUUCAGCCAAUCUAUGGUGGUACCAAUGAAAUAAUGAAAGAGCUUAUCGCUAGAGACAUUGUCAGUGACAAGUAGGGCAGAUGCUCACUACUUCGGAGAGUCUUCCAGAAUCCUUUUAUAUUAAUAUAUGGCAUAAAAUCAGACAUCAGAAUGUAAGUAAAAUAAAUGUGGUGUAUCGUAUUCUUUCAAGGAAGUGACACUAUUUAAAGUGUUAGUAACAACGGUGUGCUCAUAUGCGGGAUAUCUAAUAUUUAAUGACCUUUCAAUUUAAAUAUAUUUGGACAACACAGUAGUUCUCUGGGUUCCAAAAGUUCUGGUAGUGAAAGGCAGUUUUUGUGUCUGGAACAUUAUGGGUAGCUUGGUCUUUCGGACUUGAUGCCAUUAUGUUGAAUCCAACCCUCGCUUUUCAGAAUCGAAUCUCUUUUCCAGAGAAGCCAUGUUCUUAAAAAAUAAACAAAAGUUGAAUGUUAAUAUAACUUUGAAUUUGUAUUUCCACUUGACAAAUAUCACUGUGUCAAAGUAGAACUUGAAACUUUUGCUACUGUUACUAUAUACCUGCUUACUGCGCAGCAGCCACGUGCUGUAGGGGGAGGGAAUGUAUGACUGACCUCUAUGUUUACAUGUAACCCGUAAUGCCUUAUUUUAAUUACGUUGGUCAAAUAAAGAUAAUAAAGCAUUUCUGUGCCAUCCGAUGGUUGUCUGCAUUACUUCAAAGCCCUAGGGAGAACUGGGACACUUCACCUGUGACCAUGUUCACCUCAGGGCUUUGAUGGGGUGUUUCGAUAAAGGGAAGGUGAUGCUGGUGAAUAUUUUCAAAUAUUUCCAAGUGCUUAUCCCCAAUAAAACCGUU